AUGACUUCCAGACCACCCAACAUUCUCCGCUAUCUCCGUCUCCAACCAGCUCGAAACUCUAGAUCGCAUGUGUCGCGACGGACUAUUUCCACUCCCUCUCCUCCACAGCCACCAAAAUCGUCACAUCGGAGCCCCAGUGACUCUCACUCUCGCCUGCGUCGGUUCAACGACCGCCUCCCUCGCUUUCUCCGCACAUACACUACACCCUUACUUGGAGCGCCGGUCACCCAUAUCACGUCAUUCCUCAUACUUCACGAAAUCACCGCCAUUCUUCCACUCUUUGGUUUAGUCGGUGCAUUUCAUUAUGGUGCCUGGAUGCCGGAUCUUGCAUCGCAGACAGGCGAGACCAAUGCCUUCGACGAAGGAAUUGCGCGUUUCGGCCGCUGGCUGAAAAAGAAAGGUUGGGUGGAUGAGACCGAUGUGAAUACUGUUGCCCAGCAUGAAAACACUGGGGAGAAGACAGCGGACCGAGCAGGGGUACGAUUAGUGCUGGAAUUUGCGACAGCCUAUGCUAUCACGAAAGCUUUGUUUCCAGCCCGGUUAGCAGCGAGUGUUUGGGCAACGCCGUGGUUCGCAAGGUCGGUCUUUACACCAGUAGCAAACCUAGGCAGGCGGCUCUUCCGUAGAGGGUCAACUAGUUGA